CAAAGGGGAGGCGGUGCUAACGGUAUCAAUGAGGCGGUCUGGGCUCUACCGUACAUGGUUAACGGGUAAAAAAGAACAGAGGAAAGUUUAAAGCUCAUGAAACUCUCAGGAUGAAUGGAACAGCGUACUCCAACUUUGACAACCAAGAACAUGUCUUGAAAUUGGGAGAGACGUUUGAGAAACACCCCAAAGGCGCUUAUCAUACAGUGCGAUAUGACUUCAAACCAGCCUCAAUCGACACAACAUGUGAAGGGGAGCUUGAAGUGGGCAAAGGAGAGCAGGUUACUAUUACUCUACCCAACCUGGAGGGUUCAAGCGCUCCAGUAACUGUCUUCAAGGGCUCCAAGAGGCCGUACAUGAAGGAGUGCAUUCUCAUUGUGAACCAUGACACAGGAGAAUACAGACUGGAGAAGCUAAACAGCAACAUAGCUGUAAAGAAGACCAGGGCCGAGGGCAGCAGUAAGAUCCAUUCUCGCAUGGAGCAGCAGACCAGUCGUCUGAGCCAACAGAUGAGGAGUAGCAACAACAGCAGUGGCAGCAACAGUAACAAAAACUCAGCCAAUAUCAAGAGUUCUCCUCCUAAAGAGAAGACUUCCCCAGCGUCUCCCAUGGAUGACAUUGAAAGAGAGUUGAUGGCAGAGGCGCAGGUCAUGGACCAGCUGAGCAGCAGUGACAGCUCCUCAGGCUCCAACAGCUCCUCAUCCUCCAGUGACGACGGCUCCAGCAGCAGCGACUCGGAGGACGAACAGACCUCUGUGCCGUCCACAGCCCCGGCCAACCACAGCAUGCCCAUCAUCAACACCAGCAGCAGCAGCAGCGGCCAGCAGGAGAGUGGACGGGGACUCAUGAACACACUCAAAAACGACCUCCAGCUGAGUGAGUCCGGUAGUGAAAGUGAUGACUGAACAUGAACAACCUCCUUCAGCGUGAAACUGGUCUCUCCAUAUCCAAAUAUCUGCUAGCAAAUGACAAAUUCAUAUCUCAAUUAUUGCCUGACAACUUUUUUUUUUAGUAGUUGCCUAAGUUCAGUCAUGUGAUGUGGUUGGUGUAACCAGAGCAGUAGAGUACGACACAUGAUCUGUGAUGCACAUGGUGGAUUCACAUGUGGUUAGAAUGACCAAGCUUGUGGCGGGCAGAAUGUCUGUCCAUCGAUCAGCUGACUUAACUACUGGUGUCUCAGUGUUCUGCAUUGAGCAUAUCACAGAUUUCAGUGUGUCAGUUAAUAGCUUAUUAGUUCUUAAGACUCGUCUACACUGAAUUUUGUUUGGAAACCUUAAUCUGUGUCAACAGAAUUUUUAUUUAUUCUUUUUGGCCUGAGCCGGACUGACGAGUCUUCUGUUUUGCUUUGAUUUUUCAUUAAACUGCAUCAAAAGGAUAAUUAUUAAUUUGGCUGCAGUAGAACAUACUGGCAACACACGAUGAUAUGUUCCUACCUCAGGAAUGUGUUAUUGUGGUUGUUUCUUCACAUCCAGGGAUCAGCUUCUUUCACUUCUUCAUUGCAAACUGAAAAAUGCUAAUCCAAGACAGCAUGGUCUUGAUGUUACUGUAAACAUUAUUUAACACUUGACCAGAUAGAGGCUUUAGGUAGGUUUGUGUCUGAAGUUUGACAGUGAGCAGGUGGCAUCCAACAGGUUUAUCUAAGGUUUUCAGUAGAAAAGCUGCGACCUGCAGCCACUGGACACUGGUCAGAGAACUGGAAGAUACUAAAAUGCUCAGUGGAGCUUCAUGGGGAAGGCGAGUGAUAAUCAUGUGGGGUUUUACCUUUUGCUUUGCACAUGAACCCUUUAGUCUUUUGUUUAAAUGAAUCUGGUUACAGCUGCUUGUUUGUUCAACCCUGUUUAUUGCGAUGUUUCAUUAGAUGAGUGGAUCAGAUUUAGUGCUCAGUUGAAUCAGAUGUGGACGUGCUUUGAACCUGCAAUACUUGAAUCUUUAUUAUUUAUAUUUCAAAAUAUACUCGACCAACAGUGAAUUGCUGAUAGAUAUUUAUAUAUAUUUUAUUGGCCAAGUAAUUGGAAGUGAACGUCACUAUAAACAAAGACUGCUUUGGCUUUGGUCUUAUCAGACAGCGCUGUGCCUUUGUGAUCUGCCUCACCCGGCCUAACGUGAGCCCGUGUGCCCAGUGAGCUGUCUCUACAGGAAGCUGUCCCUACACUGCAGCAUGUCCCUGACGGCCCAGACGCCUCGCUCACAUGCAACUGAACAUGCCUGUGAGAAGUUGAUGCUACAGUAUGUUUAGCCUUACACACAACGGUGGCCUCUGAGUAACAUUUGUAAACUAAUUGAGAACAAUUUCUUUAUAGAAAAUAAAGUUCUAAUUGUUCCUUGUG